UUGUCUCUGUCUUCGCCCUGCCUUCUCUACUCCCCUUGUCUCCCCGAAACUUCCCCAAUCUUCCCUACGUCUGACUACUAUAAAAAUCUCAGAUUUUCGAGAAUUUCUAGCUUGGUUAAAAUAAUUAAUUAAUUAAUCAAGGUGUCCGGAGCUGCCAUGGAAGUGUUUCAGAGAGCUAAGGCUGUCCGCCUGAAGAACUGUCACGACAAGUAUCUAACAGCGGACGAGGACGAGGAGUCCGUCGCGCAGGACCGCCGAGGAUCUUCCAAGUCGGCCAAGUGGAUGGUCGAAUUCGUCGAGAACACCGACGGCGCCGUCAUCCGUCUGCGGAGCUGCUACGGCAAAUAUUUAACGGCGUCAAACCAGCCAUUCCUCCUCGGGAUGACGGGCCGGAAGGUGCUUCAGACGCGCCCCAGCCGGCUCGACAGCUCCGUCGAGUGGGAGCCGGUCCAAGAAAACGGCGCCCUCAAGCUUAAGACAAGGCACGGGCAGUUCCUACGGGCAAACGGCGGAUUGCCGCCGUGGCGGAAUUCCGUUACGCACGAUAUUCCCCAUCGGACGGCCACGCAGGAGUGGAUUGUUUGGGAAGUGCACGUCGUGGAGAUUCUGCCGGCGCCGGCGCCGGCGGAGGCGGACUCUCUUAGCUCCGCUGAUGAUUCGUUGAGCUUUACCAGGCAAGAGUGGAAGGACGAUGGAUCGUCGUCGUUUAUAUCACGGCCAAAAUGCAGCAGCAAUGGAAGGCUAAUCUAUUUUCACAUAGCAGACGAAGAGGGGCGAAUCGACGAGGCAUUUGAGGAGCUAUGCAUCAGAUUCAAGGGCAAUAGAGUGGAGGAGCUAACCACAAAGUUAGAGGAGGAAUUAGAAAUAGAGGGCAUCACCGUGUGUGCCAGGAAUCCACUCAACGGGAACCUACUUUAUCCUCUCCGUUUGCACCUCCCGCCUAACAAUGCUUCCAUGCACGUCGUCGUGCUUCCACCUACUUACAUUGCAUGUAUCUAAUGGAACAAGUCAUAAUGGAUUUGGUACCUAGACAAGCAUCGGAAAAUUCUUUACCAGACACAUAUUCUAUUUAUUCAAAUUAGUAAGGCCACAUUAUGUACCCACACGUGCUUGCACCUGCAGGGAAGUCACGUGAAUCCAAGUGCCUCAAUUUCAUAUCCAUGGUUCCAUAGCAACUAGCAAGUACCAGCAGAUCCCAUACGAAUUCAAACAUGUUCCAACUUGAUCAAUCCAAAA